CUUCCUCCGUAACUCAAACUUCUUCUGACUCAUGAACGAGUUCUAGUUUUUACUGAGUUAUUAUUUUAUUAUUUUUGCAGUGAUCUUGGUUCAUGUUGAGGAUGGAGCUGAAGGAAUUCUGUCUGACAGACGACUUCCACUUCCUCAGCGCACAGCGCCUCCUGGACUCCUCCUCCUCCUCCUCCUCCUCCUCCCCCUCCCCUGAAGCCGGGUCUCCAGCCUCCUUCCUCCACUCCUCACCCCUCAGUCCCUCCUUCCCCCUGGACACUACACCCGCUCUGAGCCCCUCUCAUCCAGCCUUCCUCCUGCCCAGCCCGGCCUCCUCCUCCUCCUCCUCCUCCUCCUCCUCCUCCUACAGCCUCCUCUGUGGAGCUCCAGAGCCCGACUCUCCGUCGGGAUCUAGCUCCAGCGGAGGAAGCGUCGGAGGAGGUGCUGCGGUCUGUUACUCCGUGUCUCAGUCGGACUCGUUUUCAGCUCAGGUGAACUCCAUCCUCAGAGGAGACUUCCUGACCCCCGUGGGCUCCUCUGGUCCUAAGAGACUGUGUCUGGUCUGUGGAGACUUCGCCUCCGGGUUCCACUACGGGGUCGCGUCCUGCGAGGCCUGCAAGGCCUUUUUCAAGAGGACCAUACAAGGAAACAUCGAGUACAGCUGCCCGGUGACUAACGAGUGCGAGAUAACGAAGCGGAGGAGGAAAGCCUGCCAGGCCUGUCGCUUCCAGAAGUGUCUCCAGGCCGGGAUGAUGAGGGAGGGUGUCCGGAUGGACCGGGUCCGAGGGGGACGUCAGAAGUACAAGAGGAGGGUGGAGUCAGUCAAUCAUCCAAUCAGCAGUGAGUCCUCUGGACGUCCCCAGGUCUUCAUCCUGGACUCAGUUCGUCAUCAUCCUCAUGUCUCCUCCUCUUCAUGUCUUUCAGGAAACAAGGUCAUUUCUCAUUUGCUGCUGACAGACCCCGCCCCCCUGGCUGCCAAUCACGACGACUCGACCAAUGAGAGCAGCCUCAGCACCCUGCUGACCCUCUGUGACCUCCUGAACCGGGAGCUGCUGGUUCUGAUUGGCUGGGCCAAACAGAUCCCAGGUUUCUCUGGGCUCUCAUUGGUCGAUCAGAUGUCGCUGCUGCAGAGCGGUUGGAUGGAGGCGCUGCUGGUGGGCGUGGCCUGGCGGUCACAAGGCACGCUGGGGGAGGAGCUUGUGUUCGCUGGGAACCUGCGAUUGGACGAAGCUCAGUGUCGCAGCGCAGGAUUGGCCGAUCUGUACGAGGCUCUGCGUCACCUGACCAUUAAAUACCAGAUGAUGAGGCUGAGCCCUGAGGAGGCGGCCGCCCUGAAGGCUGUGGCACUCGCCAACUCCGAUGUGGACCCGGUGGACUGUCCCGACUCGUUGCAGAGGUUCCAGGACGGGCUCCACGAGGCCCUCCUGGACUACGAGGCGUCCCGCAGGGAGCAGCACCGGGCGGGACGUCUCCUGAUGAGCCUCCCCCUGCUGAGACAAACCGCCCACCGGGCCGUGCAGACGCUCCUGAGGCUGCAGCACCAGCACCGCAUCCCCCUCCACAAGCUGCUGCUGGAGAUGCUGGACGCCAAGGCCUGAACAGGUCCACCAGCCGUAGGACACGUCCUCUAGGUCCAGGACACGUCCUCCAGCCAUA